CUGCAGCCCGCUACUACCCCUCGUAGCCAAAACCGAACCACCACCACCACUUGCACCACCCAACUACCAAUAACAACAACGCCAGCCCAUCUGUAACUGAAAACCUCCGCAGUUAAUAUUACAAUUCCUAACGAAAACUCCGCCAGCUCCGUCAACAUGGCACUGGACUUUGUGGCCACCUAUAAAGUUCUGGUGCUGGGCGACUCUAAUGUGGGCAAGACCUGCAUCGUCCACAGAUAUUGCGACGAAAAAUACUACGACACAUACAUCUCAACGAUAGGCAUAGACUUCAAGCAGAAGCUGAUUAACCUUGAUGGCGUGCCUAUAAAGCUGCAAAUCUGGGACACGGCUGGCCAGGAGAGAUUCCGGACAUUGACCACGGCGUACUAUCGGGGCGCCAUGGGCAUCCUACUCAUGUACGACGUGACCAACCUGGAAAGCUACAACAACCUGUCUUACUGGUUACGCAACAUACAGGAGAACGCUUCGCCGGACGUGGUUAAGGUGCUGGCGGGCAACAAAUGCGAGUGCUCCGCCACCCAGCGCAUGGUGGACAAGGAGAGGGGCGAAAAGAUUGCCGAAAACUUCGAUAUGCCCUUCUUCGAGGUGUCUUGCAAAUCCAACAUCAAUAUCGAGGAUGCCUUCCUGUCGCUGGCCCGUAAAAUCCGCGAGCAAAGGGAGCGACGGGGGGACAACUUUGAUAACGACGAGAGCAAAGACAAGAAAUCACCCGGCUCCAAUGGCCUAGGAACCUUCAGUCUGGGCAGCCUUUCCGGCGAGAAUCGCUGCACCUGCUAAAUACUGAGCGAUGGAUUACGAUGCGAUCGCAACCGCAAACCGCAGAACCUGAACAAGUUGUCCAAAGCUAUUGAGCGUUGUAGCAUUGUGGCCAAGUUCGCGAACGGGCCACCUUUUAGACGGGCCUGCAUUAAAGUGAAGCGUUCAGAUUGUGCAUUUUAAGGUACACUUAGUCCAAGAGAAGAUAGCAUAAAUAUUUUAGCAUAUUCCAGCAAAUACAUAACGGUCGAUUAUACAUGCAUAUUGUCUCGAUUCCAAUAAUUAUAAUAUAAUGCUAAAUAUAAAAACAUUUAUACUCGUAAGAAAUGAAAUCAAGUCUAUGUGGGGAAUUGGGUUUUUUUACAGAUAAUAUUAUCACUGUGAAACUUCCCUAAUUGACCUCAUGUUCUUAUCAACUUAUUUAUAUCAAAAUUUUUAUUUAUAUUUAAAAUAUAAACCUUGUUUUUCAAGGCAUCAUUGACUAGAUUCUUUCUGUCGCUCAGAAUGAUCGUUACUCAAGUUCUCAUCUUCGGAGUCGUCCUCCUGUUAAAUAUACAUCCACCGUUUUGCCGAAGGCAAUGUUGGGGUGAUGAAGUUCCUUGGCAACGUGGCUAACAGGAUAAUGACAAUGAAGGAGAAGCAAAGCAACGAUUGGAACGCAGCUAAUUUUGCUAUUAACUCGAAAUACAUAUGUCAACAAUAAAGCACAUACCGUGUGA